UUCACUGUGGUUGGUCAAGACUGCAAUGAUACAACUGACCCACAGGAUCACAACAGCUGCUUUGUGAUGUUACAUUUUUCUUUUAACUACUAGCUGCUCAUUUUCAGUAUGGAGAUAUUUAUUAAUUUGCCUCUGACUUUAUGCACACUUUAUUUGUUAAUGAGUUGUAGCUCAAUCGUGAAGGCGUCAAAGAGGCCAUGGACAACUGCUGAUAAUGGAUCUUUCUGGCGGGGCAGUGGAGCUGGGACAAGGAGGACCAGAGCUGUAAAUAGACCGAUACCCAUCAACUGUAUGCUGGGGAGGUGGUCAACUUGGACCGCCUGCAACUCCUGCACAGACAAAAAGUUCCGUUUCCGAUCCCUGGAGAAGCCCUCACAGUUUGGUGGCACAGAGUGCAUCGAGACACUGUGGGAGAAGCUGGCGUGUCCAGCAGCAACCACACAGUGUCUGGUGCCUGAUUACUGUGGAGAGAGCUUCACCUGCAAAGAAACUGGGCGCUGCAUCAGCCAGUCCCUUCGCUGUAAUGGAGAGUCAGAUUGUUAUGAUUUUUCCGAUGAAGACGACUGUGAAAACGUCAACCGGAGAGACGACAAGUGUUCAACACUGAUACCAAUACCUGGUGCUGAACGUGGCACUCAAGGCUACAACAUCUUGACUGCAGACUUUGUGGAUCAUGUACUUGACGCGCAAUACUUUGGAGGAAAGUGUGAAUACGUCUACAAUGGUGACUGGAGGAAAUUCACCUAUGAUUCAUUAUGUGAGAACCUGCACUACAAUGAUGAUGAGAAGAACUACAGGAAGCCUUACAACUACCAUGCCUACCAUUUUGUGGCUGAAGCUACAUCACAGGGCUCCACGGAAUAUUAUGAGGAUAUGGCGAACAUGCUGAAAGCAAGAAAAGAAAUGAGUUCUUCUAAUGCUGGCGUAUCCAUUGGGAUUUAUUAUGUGGAAGCAGGACUGAGUGGAAGUGAGGAAUCUGAGUUUGUCCGGAACAUAACACAGUAUAACAGCCAGGAUCUAGGGUUUGUUAGGCUUUGGUCCAAAGUGCAAACGGCUCACUUCAAAAUGAGGACUAAUAAGUUGAUGCUUCAUGAAGAUUUCUACAUUUCACUCAUGGACCUCCCCGAGCUGUAUGACUUUGGGAUGUACUCCCGCUUCUUCAACACAUUUGGCACCCAUUAUGUCACAGAGGGAACUAUGGGAGGAACCCUUGAAUAUGUUGUGGUUGUCAACAAAACAUCUAUGGCAAAAUCAAAGCUUGAGGGUGAACAAGCUGGUGGAUGCAUUGGUGCCUCUAUUGGAAUAAACUAUCCCAUCAGUAGUGCUGCAACAUUAGGUCUCAAAGUGGGAGUGAAUCCCUGUGACAAAGAAGGAAAAUUUGAACAAGGCAGUGACUCCAGCUCAGCUGUGAUUGAGGACAUUUUUACUCUAGUGAAGGGGGGGAUUGUAGACAGAAGCAGUGGCGUGUUGGUUAUUAGGAACCCUGAAACCUACCGGAAGUGGGGAGCGAGCCUCAAAUACAACCCAACACUCAUCGAAUAUGAGACCAUGCCAAUUUAUGAGCUUGUGCGCCUCAGCACAGCUGCUGACCAUGUAGGGGCCAGACUGGACAACUUACGGAGGGCUUGGGAUGAGUAUCUGCAGCACUUUGACUCCUGUCGCUGUGCUCCCUGCAGGCACAAUGGGAUCCCCGCCCUCACAGGUACUUCCUGUAAAUGCGUCUGUAAGUCGGGCUACCGGGGAGAGGCCUGCGAAGAGACUCUCAGAAGAGAUACCAAGACAGAUGGGGCUUGGUCUUGCUGGGGGACCUGGUCAUCCUGUGCAUCAGGGAGCAAGACUCGGACAAGAAGCUGUAAUAAUCCUGCACCUCAUGGUGGCGGAGCGGCCUGCCUGGGCUCAUCUUCUCAGACUCAGCGCUGUUAGAGGAAUGUUUCCUUCAGAAGUGCUAAUUCAAAGUAAUCUAUUAAGCAUUUUUUCCAUUGAUAAAAACUUUCACAAUCCUUUUGUAAAUGUCAGAACUCUCAGAAAUAAAAUCUGUGUUCCCUAUCAGGACACAAUGUAUGACAAACUGUACUUCAAGCAAGGAAUAAAUGUGUUAUUCAGGCUCUGCUA